AUGGCUCCUCCAAAGAAAGAUGUGUUUGCUGAUUUAUUUCCAGCUGGAAAUACCACUACAGCAAACAGAAGGAAAAACUUGGCCGAUUUACAAAAAGACAGAUACGGUAACAAUAGCAAUGCCGGUAACAUGGGAAUGGAUAUCUUUGACAGUUUAAACAGCUCAAAAGCAUCAUUUCCAGUGGAAUCAUCCACCAAUACAUGGGACGAAAUUGGUACGUCCACUAGUGGUAGCCGUGAAGACCCCUUUGAUAUCUUCAAGGAACCGAGCGUUGCUAGUAACUCAACCUCGAACAAGGCAUCGACUAUCAAUUCUGUUAAACCAACCAAGCCAACGAAUAAUCCACAAAACAACGCACACUCUUUGUUGGACGAUGAGUUUACGGAUGCUUUCCAAGAAGAACCACAACCAGCUCCAAUCCUGAAAUCAGUGCCAGAGAAAGAAUCCUUUGAACCCUACAGCGAAGAUUUAAGAUCGAACUCGAGCUCUUCAUUGAGUAAGAGGGAUGAGUUAAUAGCCCAACUCGUGGAUAUUGGAUUUCCAGUGGAAGUUUCUGACUCUGCUAUCAGUGAGGUGGGUAUGGAUUUACAAGCCUGUGUUAACUACAUUAUGAAUGGAGGCAACCUGAGAUCCAGUUCUUCCUCCCAACCAUCACUACCUAGAACAAGAACUCAUAGCCCCAACAAGGAGGAUUUGGGCGCCAAGCUUAAUGAUCUUUCCACGGACUUCUUCAAUAAGGCCUCCAUUUUCUUGAAUAAGUCAAAGGAGACUGUCAUAAAGAAUAUUGAGCAGUUUCAACAAGCUCAAACGACAGGCAGAGGGUCCCCUUCCAACUCCUUACCGGUUUGGAUGCAAGAUCUGGAGAAAGAAAAGUACAAAAAGAGAGAAGCUGAGUUCUUUGGUAAGAGUGACAAUGAUUAUAGUGCUGAUGAGGCUAACAUUGACCAUGAAUUUAUCAGUAAUUUUAUGGAAGAGCAAAAACAGAAACAAAAGGCACGUAAUAAAGCUAGAGUUGAUAACUUGAAAGCCAUGGCAAAGAACAAGAUUUAUGGGGCAUCGCCUACAAAAAGCCCGUCUCCUGAGAAGGCUGAGUUACCACCAAGACCAUUACUGAAUCCUUCAAGAGAAAGAGUUCCUGCUACCACCAAGGCUGAUGCUCCAAGGAAAGAACAGGCACAUCAAUUAACAUCCAAGACUCAGCAGACUAAAGCUCCACAACCUGACGUGGACUUGCUUGGUGUUGGUGGAUCUCUUUCAAGAGCCGAAAACAAACCAAAAGCUUCUAGAAAAACUACAAGGGAACCAUUGGAUCAGUUUCUGCAAUCAGAUUACGAUAUUGGAAAAGAGAAGGCCACCAAAUCUUUUGCCAAUGGAGAUUAUGACGAUGCUUUAAUCAACUAUGAGAAAUGUUUGAAUGUCCUCACCCCAACCCAUGAGUUACGCCUAGUUAUUAACUCUAAUUUGGCACUCACAUUGAUUAAGCUUGGAUCCUAUAAGCAGGCUAGGGAUCAAUGUGACCAGGCCCUUCACCUUAUAAACAUUGAAGAUAUCAACGAUGAAAGUUAUGUGAUAAACGACAAACCGGUCAAGUAUUGGUACAUCAAGCUUUUAUCAAGAAAGGCUGAAGCAUUGGAAAUGAUUGAAGCAUUUUCCGACUCCUUAGAAUGCUAUAUGGAAUUGGUCACAAAACUAGGGGUCAAUGACAAAAAGGUCAUGGAUGCGAGAAGAAGGGUCAACAACAUCGUUAAUCCUCCUCCUAAACCUAAACCUUCCGUGUCUAGACCUAAACCUUCUAGAAUACAGCCAGUCAACAAUGAUAAUCUUAAGAGAGUUCAAGCACAAAAUAAGAAGCAAGAGGAUAGAGAUAGCCUUAAGUACCAGUUGCACGAUCAGGUUGAGUCCAAAACCCUGGCUUGGAGUAAUGGAAAAGAGGACAACUUGAGAAGCUUGUUGAUGUCUUUACCAGAAAUAUUACCAGCAUCCUUAGGCUUUCCGUUUUUAACCUCCAAAAAGAUCACUAUCAAUGAUUUGAUGUUGCCUAAGAAAGUGAAGAUCAACUACAUGAAAGUGAUCAGCUCUAUUCACCCUGAUAAGUUGACCAGUUUGAACCUAGGAGUAGAAGAGGAAAUGCUUUGUCAGUCGAUUUUCAUUACGUUAAACAAAUCAUGGGACAUAUUCAAAGAACAGAAUGGCAUUAAUUAGAUAUAUAAGAAUCGAAGUAAAUAUAGUUCAACUUCUCUUAACUGCUUCAGUUUGUCUCCGUUCUGUUGAAGUUGCCUUUAUUUCAAAUUCAUCCCCUUCAGCUGAAAUUUCGAAAAUCUUUGGUACGCCUUCGGAGUUAGAGUCAUCUUCACUUUCUUCGUCACUACCUUCUGAGUCCGACAGACCGUAAUCACGGUCAACAGCUUCUCUAGCCAUAUUUAUAGAUUCCUUGGUUGCAUCUGACCAUCUUGACAAAUAGAAUACUACAGCAUUAACGGUACCAAAGAAGAACGUGAAACCAAAUAAUAUAACUCCAGAGUAAACUGCAGCUUUUAAAGGAUAGUCAAAAAGAGUGUUUGCUGGAUCUUUUCUGAAUUGAUAAUAGAAGUCCAGCAUACUGAGAAAUUCUCUCUUGAAGAUCAAGUAAAAGAAAAUCAAGAUUUGCUUCACACCCAAAGUGUUUUCUUCAUCUCUCAACAUCUCUUCAAACGAUUUUGGAGGAGGCGAAGGUCCCUUGACAGCUUUUGGUCUGUUUUGGGCGUAAUCUAGUUGCUCAAUUUCUAGUUUUGGAAUGAAGGUCUUGUUUCCAAUUAAUUCUGCUUCCUGAACAGAAUGGCCAAGAUAAAUGUUGUCGAACAAUAUGUCUUUUUCCAUAGACCAUAACUCAAAUCCUAAACCUCCAAUUAACCCGAGAUUCGAAGGAUGGUGGUCUUCGUAGUAGUAUGGAUUGGGCACUUUGGAAGGUCUCCACUGACCCUUGUAACGAGGAUUGGGGAUAAAUGAAGGAGUCCAUGGCCCUUUAUAGUUUUUGUUGGAGAUGAGCUUGGGUUUCCAUUCACCACAACCAACAGUACAUUUGGGGUUUCUGAGUGCGGGAGGCAUCCAUUCUCCAUCUUCUUCAUCAAUCCAUUCUUCUGGCUUUUUGACAGAUGCAUCCACAAUGUAGCUAGGUUCAUCAUCCAACCAGCCUUCAGGUUUCGUGUCCUCUGGGUCAGGUAUAAACGCAGAAGCAUACUUCUCAUCAUAAUCUUCUGGUUUUUGUACCAGCUCAUCGAAAAUAAACUCUUCAUCUUCCCAGUCAUCAGGUUUCUUCAUUGUAGCGUCUUCAAUCUCCUUUGGAGGGUUCAAUUUUGGUUUCAAUAAAUGAGGCUUACUAAGGACAUUACCAGCUUUUACCACUUGUCCAUUGAUCCUGAUUUCAAAGUCGGAGUUUCUCUUAAAUAUAAGAGUAUACAAGGUGGAAACUUGGGUUGACCUAGACAUAGGGGCUUGACUUAAAUGUUUUUCC